GUGACAGAGAGGUCUGUGUAACUAUUUCGUAAAGCAGGCGCAUGACCGUGGAUGCUUUCCAUGGGAAAACAGGGGAGCUGCCUUGUUGUCAAUUUGGUGCAGAAUCCUCGCUAUCGCUUCUUUUUUUGUUGUUUGUUUUUGAAGUGAAGUACAGAAAGGUCUGGCAGAUAACCAGAUGGAGACCAGCUGGGAAGGGCAGCAGGCCGCCACCACCUCAAACAGUGAACCUGUGGCAACCAAACCCAGUGCCGGUCGUCCAUCAAAUGGCAGAGACAGACAGCGUGUCAAGUACAUGCUCCUUCAAAAGAAGUCACCUAGUCCUUACUUCGGCAGGCACCGAUGAGAAUGACUUACACCCAGUCGCCAUCAUGGACCCCGCCAAAAUAUCGGUGUCAUCGGUGAUGGGGAUGAUGCGUUGAUUCCCUUCUCCAUCAUGAAGGUGAAAGCGACGUGGUCGAGCGCUCUCACGCAGAGCUUCCUCCUGACCAUCGUCUACUGCGCCUCAUUCUUCUUGCCCAUCUGCUUCCAAGCCGUCCGCGGCAGGAGUCCUAUGAUGAGCGGCGUGUUCCUGUUGCCGAGCAUUGGCACCCAGCUUCUCACGGCCUUGGUUGGCGGUUCGCUAGUGCAAUCGACGGGUUAUGUCAUCCCAUAUGUCAUGCUUUCGGGCGCCAUUGGCGCCAUCUCCAACGGUCUGUUCUCAACGUUCUCUCCGACCACGUCAACGGGCAAGUUGGUUGGCUAUCAGAUCCUCAACGGAGUCCGGCGCGGGCUGGGCAUGCAGAUGCCCUUGAUCGCGGUGCAAGCUUCCCUCAAACCGGAGGACGUCGCCAUCGGCAUCUCGAUCGUUGUCUUCGCGCAGAGCCUGGGAACCUCCAUCAUGCUUGCCGUUUCCGGCGCUAUUUUCCAGACCAGCCUGGAAUCCGAACUCCCCAAGCAGGCGCCAUUUGCUGACGCUGCAGCAAUCAUCGCCGCCGGAGCAACCCACUUCCGAGAUGUGGUUAGCGACCGGGAUUUGCCGGGCGUGCUGGCGGCGCAUUCCAUCGCUAUAGACCGCGCCUUCUACCUGGCUGCUGGCGUGAGUGGCCUGGUGGUGUUUACAUCGCUGUUCUUGGGGUGGGUGGAUGUGAGGGAAAAGGGCGUUGCCGGCAGGGCAGACGGGGUUGGCGGUGGCGACGUCGGGUUGGAACUACAAAGUCUGAGGAAGUACGGAGACACCGGGCUGCUGCCGAACGGUCUGUGUAAUGCUGUUGCCGUCGCAAUGGCCGAGGCUGCAAGACGGUGGUAUUCGUGAUACCCGCAUUGGCCUCGUUCU